AUGAACCUUGAUCCCCUCAGUAUUGCACUGAAUCAAAUCACCAACGCCGUUGAGAACUUAACAAAGAAGAAUUUCAAAGCUGCGACGCAGGAAAUCACAUAUUUGGUGCACACGCACGGGAAUAUUGCUGAGCGACAUCUUAUUUGGUGUCUUUUCCUGAACCUCGACUUCGCCGAACAGAUCAAGAGCGCCCCUGCAAGUGGAGGCGUUUUCUUGUUCCGCGAAACCCCACAGACCUUACUCCUGAGCUCGUUGAUCGGUGGUUUAUUGGAGCAGCCUCUGUACUCGUCGGUUUUGUGUCACGCGUACGAUUCCGCUGUAGAAGCCAAGAACGUUCUCCAGAGUACAAGUUUGCUGCCAAGUUUGGCGAAACUCUUACGACUAAACGAAGUUCAGGAAGUAGUUUUUGCCUUUCAACUCAGCAACGCGUCACGCGCGGAAACCGUUUCGCACGCGGCAGAGCUCUUGAAGUAUAAACUUCCUGAGUUGAGGAAAUUGGUGAAAACUGCAGUGAAAUCAACCAAUCCUGGGGAGGUGAUUUCGUGUUCGUUUGCGUCGCUGUUCAUUGUAUUGGAAUCUCUUUCUGGAAACCGUGCAGAACAGUUCGGUCUCACGACGAGUGAACGAAGCGAGUUCUGUCAAGAUUUAGAUAAUCUCGUCCGCAUUUUGUCAUUGACGAGCAUGUCUCAACAGGAGCUGACAAAGUUGAAGAAGGACGCUUCUGAACACUCGGAGUUGCCCGUAUUGACGCCGAUAUUUCCUUCCGAAUCGGAGCCAUCCAUGGAAUGCUUGUCGACCGAAGAAUCUGCAAUGGCUCGAUCAUUGCGUGACAAUUGUCUGGCGGACCAGUUCUUCGAACUUGGUUUUGCCAUUACCCAGACAAGAGAAGAAUGCAAACUCAAUAUGAUGAAGAUAAAUAUGGCUGAACGUGUGUCCCCGCGUGCAAUUGCCAAUAUGCUUGCUUUGAUGAUUCGCUCCCAGUCCAUCAUCGUUGAUCAAGUCGUUCUCCAAAAUGUUCGCUCGCCCGCCAACCUGUGGUCCGACAAGGAUAAGCUUCUCGAUGGAUUGCAGUCGCAAGGAUGGAAUAUUGAGAAUUUUGUACUGGCCCUGAGUGAUAUUGCUCCAUCAUUGAGCUGGAAAGAUGUGGUGAUAGAGCUGGAAAACGUUGAUUUCGAGGUGAAAGAUCGCACCGGUCUCGUUCUGCUCAUGGGAGCUUUCAAUUUGGGAUUGCGACUGCAGCACACUGCAUUUCCCAUUGAGCAUCUUUACAAACCUUGGGCUCGAGGAGAGUCACAGCUCCAACUUAUGCAACAAGUUUUGAAAAAUCCUGACGUGUUUACGCUGUCUGAUCAUCCCCAUACUCCCGUCAGCGUUGAAAUGCUCAAAUCACCGUCUGAUGCGGAGAACAAGGAAGUUGCCAUGUGGAAAUCCUUGGACCUCAUCAAGUUGCUGUUGCACCAGUACGAGGCCGGCAAUCAUUCGCAGGUUUCGGAAGUCAUGAAAUUUCCCAUGACACACUGUCCGGAUGUACUUGCUUUAGGAUUAAUGCAAGCUCAGAAUGGCUCGAUCCGUCCGAUCGUGAUUGAAGCGAUGGCUGAAUGGUAUCGGAGGGGUGAUGGAGACCAGCAGCGAUUGUCGCGCAUCCUGGAAGUCGCGCACGAUCUCAAAGCCUUAUCCUCGCUUCUGUCCGCUCGUCCAUUUCCGUUUGUGAUUGACCUAGCCUGUGUUGCUUCCCGCCGCGAGUAUCUCAAGCUGGACAAAUGGCUGACUGACAAAAUUCGUGAUCAUGGGGACGUGUUCAUUACGGCCGUGGCGAAAUUCGUACAGCGAAAAUGUCCGCAGUUGGUUAGUGGAGAAGACGACAGUGCACAAAAGUCAACUUUGCCGAGCGAGACGGUAUCCGUGAUUCUACAAUGCCUUCAGUCAUUCGCAUCUGCAUCGUCCGCGGAGACCCAGGAACUCAUUGCGAGUCUGAGCAAUAAUUUUAGCAGUGUGAUGCUGCCUCGUCUACGGCAGCCGUUUUCGUCGAAUGCGUCGCUUCCGAAGCCUGACAAGUCAUUUAUCCCUUCGGAAAUGCAGGAUUCUUUUGUUUCCUCCUUCUUGGGUUUGAACCUCCCGAACUCGAUGUCUGGUGUCGAUCCCGUUGGAAUGCCCAUGAGUCAGCAGCUUUCAUCUUCAAGUCAGCUCUCGGUGCCGUCAAUGAACAUGAAUACUGUGCCUAUGUCAGGUGGCCAGCAGUUUAGCCUCGCCUCGAGUCCGUCAGCUGGCAACCGGCCUUCUGCGUUUACUCCGCUCGCAAGUCAACUACCAGCGGAUGUCUCGAAGCUUUUUCCGGACAUAUUGCCCUCAACGACGAAGGAUGUCGAGGAUGAGGCGAACAGUUAUUUUCAAAGACUGUAUCAAAAUCCAAAUCCGCAAAUGUCGGUUGACGAAGUGCUGCAAAUGCUGAAGAAGUUCCAGGACUCGGAUAUUAAAAGAGAGAGAGACGUUUACAGCUGCAUGCUCAGAAAUCUGUUCGAAGAGUACAGGUUCUUUCCACAAUAUCCCAUGAAAGAACUUAAUACGACUGCUCAAUUAUUUGGAGGCAUAAUUGAAUAUGGACUUGUGACGUACAUGGCACUUGGAAUCGCGCUGAGAUAUGUUUUGGAGGCAUUGCGAAAACCAAAGGGUAACAAGAUGAAUCACUUUGGUCUUGUCGCGCUGGAACGUUUUAGGAAUCGUCUCAAGGAUUAUCCUCAGUAUUGUCAACAUGUAGCAACGAUUCCGCAUUUUUCUCAAUUUCCAGAAGUGAUCAUCGAGUACGUGGAGUAUGGCUCAAACUCAAAGGAACCACCAAGUGCCCAGCAUCAGUCGACGCUUCAUACGAUGAAUUUGGAUUUCUCUGGGCCGAUGGUGAUGGAGCAAAAUCCUGGCCCGAUGGCGAGGAUGCCCAACUCGGUUAGCUCGUCUGCCCUCGGUAUACCUAAUCCAGGGUUCCCGACGGCUCCCGUGCAGAACCAAAUCAAACCUCCUGCUAAUCCAACCACAGUUGCAUCGUCUGCUCCUGCAUCUUCUACCGCGAGGCCACGGCGUGGGUUGCCCCUUCCAUUCGACCCGGCGUUACCAACUUUUUCGGGCUCCGUGCAAAACAGUCCGUUGCAUGAACAUUGCUUCAAGUGUUGUGAUUGUAACGGCGGAGAAGAGGGAGAAAGAACAAUGGGGAAUUUGAUAAAACCCACCGAAGUUCCGCCGGGACUCAGUGCGUUCUGGGGAAGCACUCAACCGCAGAAUCCGGUACCGUUUUAUCCAUCGUCGCUCGAACGUCCUGAUGAAGACGAGGCUCGUUUUCGAGGGGUUUUCGUUGUGGAUUCGGAAAUGCGAGGUUCAGAGUAUUCGUCGCGAGCACGUGAGAGUCGGUCGGCUUCAAAUAUUCGACGGGCAUUACAAGUUCAGACGUGUCACGAUUCUCUCAGAAAUAUAAGCAACGAGACGUCGUGUACGUCUGUUGAUCAAGGAAGGGAUGAUACACCGGAAAACGAAGAAAUAGCGGUUGUGAAAGAAAGAAAAAGAGCGUUUGACGGCAUGAGAAGAGAUUUGAAUCACCCUGGAGCUACGUCACAUCUGGAAGGACAGGAACGCUUUCCAGAAAAAUUGCCAGAAAUGCAUUGCGUUGGUGUAGAUCUUGAGAGAGGCUGCAAUCCGGGCGAUGAGCGUUCGAUUUUGCGGAGAUCUCCACCCAGGGAAUUCUCGUCGCUUGCAGCACCGAAAGAAGUCGAAUUGUUCCCACGAAAAUCCAAAACCGUGGAUUUUUCUCUUCUCCCAGAACGAACUUACAGAUUGGACGCGGAACAUUUUUCUGGCUCCGGAAAUCUUGAGUCGAUUCACUUCGAAAAUGAAUUGACUGCUAUUCAACGUACUUGCGUACAUGGAAACACCAACGUUGCGCAUUCGAAGUGGGAUCAUUUUCAAGAUUCAAAUAAACCUGACGCAGGGAAAUGUGCGAACGAUGGUCAGAUUAGUCUGCGUGACCAAGCAGUGAUGGAAUCCGUGUGCAAGAAAUGUGAGAAUUUUCCGCCAGAACAAAUACUGCCUCUUCGUGUUGACGGGUUGAACUUGGAGGGUUUUCAUGAUCCCCAUCCUUCUGAAUUUUUUUGUCCCGAGCCCGCUUUGAAAGAGAAUACAUUUCUAGAACCAGUCUUCCAAGAGCUUCAGGUGGAACCUUACCAGCUACAAAUUGAUGAUAUCGACUGGCUGAACAGACUUCCUGGAACGACGCGAUUCGAGAAUGAUCUAGCUAUUUCCCAUAAUGCACAACUGUUGUCGAAAGGAUUCGCCGGAAGCUGUGCAUUGGGAUUUCCUCACUUGCACGGAUGGGAUUGGUGUUCAUGUUGUUCUGUUGUGAAAGUUUCUGGAGCAAAUGGCUGUGGUGAACAUAUUUGCGAGGAUGGCAAUCCUGGCGUUGACGAGAUAUGCAAUUGUGGACUGCAUUUUUCUUCGUCAUGCCUGUUGAGGUUCUGCUCAUCCCUUCGUUCGACUGAUCCUUUCGAUAACCCGAGCGCGUCAGCUGGCUUUGAUGAGAUUUGUACAGAGAAGCAGGACGGAAGGUGGUCGCCCGCUGUGGUUGAAGAGUCUGCAUUGAUGCAAACAACUUAUGGUGACGAGAUCUGUCGCGGACUCGAUUGCUUCGGCGAAUUCUUGACGAUGCCGUCGACGGGAAAAACUGGGGCAUUUAUCAGCGAAUCGUGUCAUGAUUUUGGGCUGGGUUUCUGUGUGUGUCGUGGCUUGGGGCAGCCUUCGAAUAUCAAUGGCAUUCGUUGUCCUUCAAUUGCGAAUGCAACCAACAUCGACACACUCUUGGUGGCGACGGAGAAGGAAGAAAACGCUGUCGCUCUUCCGCCGGAGCACAUACAAGAGAAAAUUGCUUUCAUAUUCAACAAUUUGUCUCAGCUCAAUCUUCAGAACAAGUCUGAUGAAAUGCGAGACAUCGUCUCCAGCGACGAAUAUUGGCCUUACGUUGCUCAGUAUCUGGUGAUGAAGCGAUCUUCCAUAGAACCGAAUUUCCACCACUUGUACUCCAAUUUUCUGGAUACAUUGAAGCUGCCAAGACUGAAUACGAUCGUUCUUAAAGAAACGUAUCGUAAUAUAAAGAUUCUUCUACAUACGAGUGACAAAGGCAUUGCGAACUUUUCGGAUCGCAGUUUGUUGAAAAAUCUUGGGCAUUGGCUUGGAAUGUUGACGCUGGCCAAGAACAAGCCGAUUUUGUUCGUGGAUCUAGAUCUGCGCUCUUUGCUGAUAGAAGCCUACAUGAACGGCCAGCAAGAAUUGCUUUACGUCGUUCCAUUUGUUGCAAAAAUCAUUGAGUCGUGUAGUAAGAGUCGGGUAUUCAAACCACCGAAUCCGUGGACUAUGUGCAUAAUGAGCAUUUUGGCUGAACUGCAUCAAGAACCGGACUUGAAGCUCAAUCUCAAAUUCGAAAUUGAGGUCCUCUGCAAAAACCUAAAGAUGGAAGUAUCCCAUCUGAAGCCGUCGAGAGACUUGAAGGACGUUGUGCGACUGACUAAGAUGGAGAAUCAAAUCAAUCAGGCGAAGAAGAACGAAGGGCCUGUGAUGCCGCCGAUGUCCAAUCUCGUACUGCAUGGGAUGCAAAAUACGCCAGUGCUUGGUGAUAUGGAGGCACAGUUGGCAAACAUGAUCCCUGCGAGUAUGUUGCCAGGAACUGCGACUGCCGCUACUGUUCCUCACGCGGGCACUACGACAAGUCCACCUCCACCAACUGCAGGAGGUGGUGGCCCUCAUGAAAUGAAAUUCAACUAUCAUUCCGUGAACAUCUCGAGUCUAUCAAACAUGUGUCAGAACAUCAGCAUCAGCGCGCAAGUGCUUACGAACUUGAACAUGCAAAAUACGCCGCAACAGGUACAGCAAGUGAAACAGUCCAUUAAAAUGGCGAUCGAAAAGGCUGCACAGGAGUGGUUGCCGACGUUCGUAGAUCGUUCCGUGAAGAUCGCCUUGUCGACGUCUGAGCACGUUGUUCGCAAGGACUUCGCAUUGGACCCUGAUGAAUCUCGUAUGAGGCUUGCCGCGCACCGAAUAGCUCGUCAAUUGACAGGCUCUCUCGGCUGGAUCACGUGCAGGGAACAUCUCACGCACUCAGUCAUCAAUAAUCUCAAGAAUACCUUCAGUCAUAAUUUGAAUUUGAGCGAUAUGACUGAUCAGCAGAGGUCUCAGAUUGAUGAAGCUGCGACGAUUGCGACCGGUGAUAACAUCGAUAGUGCGUGCGCAUUCAUUCAGAAGACUGCUAUGGAGACUGUCACGAUGGAUAUUGACAAGCGUCUCCGACCGGACUUCGAGCUCCGUAAACGGCAUCGUAUGGAAGGGAGACGCUACUGUGAUCCGGCAGCAUUGAAAUAUCAAGCCGAACGUCUGCCUGAGCAAGUGCGUUCCCGCGUGGGAGUCACACUUCCCGCACAAAUGGCUAUCUACGAGUACUUCAACAACAUCAUUCCUGGCUUUCAGCCACUAAUCGAACGUGAUCAGAUGCAGUACAUGCCUAAGCAGCUGCCUACCUACGGCCAAGAUGAUGUUACGUUAAUCUACGACUCCGUAAUCAACGAUGUCUCGGAGUAUUUGAAGACGACUCCGCAAGCGAAUGCAUUGAUGCCUCACAUUACUCAGCUGGAGAACAUGUUGGAUGCGUUAUACAACGCAAGAACGACCCGUGACCCGGCGCAAGCUAUCCAGUUGGUUCAGAUUGUCGUUGAGGGACUUCUGGAACAAAACCAGCUCACAUGUCCGGACCUUACCGAAUUGAUCCGCUUCAGGGAAGCACACGUAUUCGUCCUCAGAAAUCUUCAAUGCAUGAGGGCUUGCGGAUCUCAAGUGAUCCGUUAUGUGACUAAGUUUUGGAUCGAAUCUCGUGAGGAAGUGAAGUGGAACCUGGAAAUAGUAGAUAUGCUGAUCCGGAACAACCUUUUGAACAUGGGGCAGUUCGACUUUGCACUCGGUCAAGCGAUGGAGGGCCCAAGUAACUUCGUGGCUUUCCGCUUCGCCAUGCAGCUCAUUCAGAAUCUGCUCGUGGACGACCGAUGUCAGCAUGUGUCCGAAAGCGAUUUCCCGCUAACCUUGGAGGUUCUUCAUCGCGUUGCUUCGCAUAACAACACGCGAAGCUCUCCUGAAAACGAGAUGCUUUUCGAAUCAAGGAUGAUCAAUAUGCCUGGUGUGGGAACCAUCGGGUCGCAGCAUGGGAACGUGAGUGGUGGUCCUGGCGGAGUGUCGCCGUCGCCCGGCGGUGGGUUGUUGAUGCCUGGCAUGGUGUCGAUGCCUCCGCCAUCGAGUGGACAAUCAAUAAACACGAACGCGCCUUCCACUUCCAACAUUUUUGGCACCCCCGGACAUCAGGAUUACGACGUCCUCCAAGAGCGUCUAGAGCACGUUGUUCGCGAUUGGAUUGGCGUUCACAUGCAAACUGCCAAUGACGCAGAUUUGCAGCAACCGUUUCACGCCAUAUUCGGACAGCUUUUGUCGCAAGGGAUCUUCCGGUCUGAAGAAAACGUGGCAAAAUUCCUUCGUGUGUGCAUCAACAUGUGCUCCCAACUCUGCAGCAUGUAUUUGGGAGACUCCAACACCGGUGCGUUGUCGCGCAACAAAUGCUACCAGACGAUUGAUGCCAUUGAAGCGUUAUUUGUCAUGAUGGUCCGUAAUGCAACAGACGUUCUGAAUUUUCCGUCGAAGAUCAGCGUGAUCCACAAGGUGUUCACGUUAGUUGGAACCGCUAUGGUACAGGAAGAAGAAAGUAAAUCAGACUUCCAUCCGCUGACUUACCAACGGAUGUUGACCUUCCUCUUCCAUGACUUCAUGAAUAUGGACAAUUCAGCGGACAUGCUUGGACCUCAAGUCCUGCAGCUGUUCACGUCUGUGUUGACCAUGUGUCAGCCGAGCAAAUGCCCGCAGUUCGCCUACGGUUGGCUCGAAGUCGUCGCCCAUCGCACGACUGUGCAAAUUUACAUGACGCGCCCUUCCGUGAAGCAGUCUGGCUGGGGACAAUACUACAGUCUAUUGCACUGCGCAUUUAAGUUUGUGUCGCCGUUUCUGCGUAGCGGGGAUAACCGCAGAUCCGUGUUUGUGUUCUACAAAGGAAUGAUCCGAAUUUUGCUGAUGUUGUUGCAUGACUUCCCCGAGUUCUUAAGCCAGAACUAUAUCGGGUUUUGUGACAUGAUCCCGAACAAUUGCAUCCAGACGAGAAAUGUUAUCCUGUCGGCCUUCCCGAGAGAAAUGCACCUCCCGGAUCCAUUCACGCCGAAUUUGAAGAUGGAACAACUGCCGGAGAGCGGUCGACCACCUCGUAUCAAUGCCAAUGUCAUCGGCGCCAUUCAACCAGCGAGCUUCAAAAAGGAUUUGGACAGCUACCUCAAGUCACGACGCCCAGUUGCGUUUUUGACGGACCUGCGCACGAAUUUGCAAAACCCAUCUGAGAACACUUACAAUGUUCCCCUCAUUAAUGCAUUGGUUUUGUACGUUGGAACUCAGGCUAUUGCGCAACUGUCAGCCAACAACCAGAGCACGACCAUGACCAACAUCACGCAUUCGUCUCACAUGGAUAUUUUCCAGAAUUUGGCAGUUGAUCUGGAUAAUGCAGGCCGCUAUUUGCUGUUCAACUCGAUUGCGAAUCAUCUUCGCUACCCUAAUAAUCACACGCAUUAUUUUUCGAGCUGUCUCUUGUACCUGUUCCGAGAGGCUAAUUCCAAGAUUGUGCAAGAGCAGAUUGUUCGUGUGUUGCUCGAGCGGCUAAUCGUGAAUCGACCGCAUCCCUGGGGUUUGUUGCUGACCUUUAUUGAUUUGCUGCGGAAUCCAAAUUUCGACUUCUGGUCGCACGAGUUCGUUCGGUCGGCGCCGGAGAUUGAAAAGCUUUUCGAAAACGUUGGAAGGUCUUUUUUGACGAAAUCUGUGAGUGCCGCCAGAGAGCAAGAGAAGGAUCAUUGAGAUGUGACUGCAAGUGGACGUUUUGUUCAUUGGAAAAACUUGUGAAGAAAAUGCUUUGAAACGGAACUGCCUCUGCUGCUAAACCUAUAGUAAAAAGGGACGAAAAAAUGGUUUACCUGGACUUCAUCUGUGAGCAACGAGUUCGACAGUGUGAAAAAAAAUGGAAUGUAGAAUCCUUUUCCAGAGGGUUGGUGGUAAGGUCAUUUGAAACAAACCAAGAGAAAUUCUCAUUGUAGAGAAAUAGUUUUCAUUUUUACGCACUGUAAACGUUUCAAUGACUAGAGAUACAACCCAGUUUCUUUCAAAUGACGCUGCUACCAUUGGCUGUUUUCGAUAUCCGCCCUGCUUCUUUCCUCGAUCGGGUAUCCUGAGGAAGCUAUUGGAGGAAGGAAGAGCUUCGCGUUGGCUCUUCCACGUUCUAAUAAUGAUGUGGCUGUUGUUCGGUUCCCUGGUGAAUUGGUAUUCGGUUGAAGUGUAAAGAAAUAUCGUGCUGUAGUUCCAGGUUUCCGGUUCUUGCUUUAUUUAGGGGUAGAACGACGAUGUUCUGGAAUUAUUUUUUUGGUUGUACAUCGAUUCAUGCUUUCCAGAAAUCGGAUUUGCCUCAGUCCGGCACGGUUCGAGUAUAGAUGGGUUUCUUGGGGAUUGAUGUCGAUUUUGGUUCAAAGCUUCAAUUCACAAUUCCUAAUUGAACUCCUACUUUGCCUGAAGACUGAAUGUGAAUAAAUUGGAAAUGUUUUUGAUGCAAA